AUGAUGAUGUGUUAAAAAUUAUUAUUUGUUAUUAUUAUUAUUAUUAUUAUUAUUUGGGAUAAAAUAAAAAGUGAAAAGAGUACGUGUUUGUGUUUGCUAAUAAGUGUCACGUGACAUUUGAAAAUAAAUUGAUUAAUCAUGCGAGUCAAUCGUGGAAUUUGUGCUAAACUGCAAGGAGGAUUUCUCAGACGAUGGUGGGCAGCAGUGGCCUUGGGAGUAUUAUUGAUCAUUAUAGCAGCAAUAUUGGCAGGAAUUUUUCCAAAAUUAAUCGAAGUCAUCGUAAACAAGCAAAUAGCAUUGAAAGAUGGUGGAAGGACUUUUGGUUGGUGGAAGGCACCACCAGUGACACCCUAUUUACAUAUUUACAUUUACAAUGUUACCAAUGCUGAUGAAUUUUUAAAUAAUGGAGAAAAACCAAUACUCGAUGAAUUAGGUCCAUACGUUUACAAACAACGUUGGGAGAAAGCUGACAUUACAUUCAACGGAAAUGAUACGAUCAGUUACAAAAUACGAAAGACAUAUGUAUUUACCCCGGAAUUGUCAGUUGGUUCUGACGAUGAUCUCGUAGUAGUGCCAAAUGUUCCAAUGUUGUCAGCAACAUCCCAAUCAAAAUAUGCAGCACGUUUUCUCAGAUUAGCAAUGGCAUCAAUAAUGGACAUAUUAAAAAUCAAACCCUUCGUCGAAGUAUCCGUAGAACAAUUAUUAUGGGGAUAUGAAGAUCCAUUAUUGAAAUUAGCAAAAGAUGUAGUACCAAAAGAACCAAAGUUUCCAUUUGAUCAAUUUGGUUUGUUGUAUGGAAAAAAUGGUACUCAACCUGAUUGGUACACCGUAUUUAGCGGUGAUGGUGACGUUACUAAAUAUGGUUUAAUUGAAAAAUGGGAUGGUAAGAAAUUUUUGGGUCAUUGGACGACACCUAAUUGUGAUAGUAUCAUGGGUAGCGAUGGUAGUAUUUUUCCACCACGUAUUACAAAGGAUACAGUCUUGAAAAUAUUCGACAAAGAUCUAUGCAGAGCUCUACCUUUGGUAUUUCAGAAAGAGGUAAUGACUAAUGGUGAAGUUCCUGGAUAUAGAUUUACACCACCAAGCAAUGUAUUUGCAUCACCUGACAAGGUACAUUCUCAACAAUGUUUCUGUCCUGCUGGACCACCAUGUUCACCUGAAGGAACAUUCAACGUUUCUGCAUGCCAAUUUGAUUCUCCUGUACUUCUUAGUUUUCCACACUUUUAUAUGGGUGAUCCUGCAUUAAGAGAAGCAGUGAUAGGUGUAUCACCACCUGUACAAGAGAAACAUGAAUUAUUUGUUGAUGUUCAACCAAUGAUGGGUACAGCCCUUCGUGCACGUGCAAGGAUACAAAUAAAUCUCGCAGUUAGUCAGGUGCGAGAUAUCAAACAGGUUGCAUCUUUCCCUGACAUCAUUUUCCCCAUUAUGUGGUUUGAAGAUGUUAUCGAUGAAUUACCACCGGAAAUGCGUUCGUUGUUAAAAAUGGCAGUAGAUUUGCCACCAAUCGCAAGAGCAGCAGUAUCAGGUGGAUUGGCAUUACUGGGUGUUAUUAUACUAAUUGGUGCAUUAUGUUGUUUAGCGAGAGCAGCUAAAAGACAAGAAAAACUUCACCUGAGCAAUCCUUUACCAGCAAACUCAACUAGCAAUGCUAAAAGUGGCCAAUUAAAUCCAGCAUUUCAAAAUACUAAAUAAAACAAUUAUAUUCGUGAA